GUAAAGAGUGACAACGUAACAAAGCGAACAACAGUGAGGAAGAAAAUCCGAGGGAUAAAAUGUGCAAAUUCAAAUAGCUUUACCGAAAAAUACAGUAUGAAUGAAGCUCUUGAGCUUUGUACAGUAGAACUGACAUUUUAAACAUACUUUCCCGUUGUCAACGGUCAACAUUUUUGGUCAGUGUGAUAUAAUCAAUUAUCAAAUUUGCCCGAGAUCAAUUUUGUGUCCUUAAAGUGAAGGUGCACUGAUGCUGUGAAAUGGCUUUCAUUAGAGUUUUCACACACACAUAUUCACGUCUCGUACCGCCUACCAUUAUUAUGAGUCCAGUCAGAAGUAUAGCAUCUUAUGAUAAGGCAUUUGUAAAUGGAGAGUGGGUGUCUGCUAAAAGUAGUAAAACAUUCAAAGUUCUAAAUCCUUAUAAUGGAGAGGUACUGAGUAAUGUCCCUGACAUGGACAGUAUCGAUGUGCAGGAUGCUAUACAAGCUGCUAAAAUUGCUUUUGAAGAUUGGCAGUUUACUACAGGAAAAGAAAGAUCAGAUUUACUACGAAAGUGGUACAAUCUAUUGCUUAAAAAUCAAAAAGAGAUUGCAAGUAUUAUAACAUCUGAAGCUGGGAAGCCCCUUCAAGAAGCUCUUGGAGAAGUUGCAUAUGGAAAUUCUUUUAUAGAAUGGUUUUCUGAAGAAGCUCGCAGAAUCAGUGGUGAGGUAGUGUCUAGUCCUGUUAAAACAAAAGAAAUGAUUUUAGUCAAGCAACCUAUUGGUGUUACUGCAUUAAUCACUCCGUGGAAUUUUCCUAUAGCUAUGAUAACACGAAAGGCAGGAGCUGCUCUUGCUGCAGGUUGCACAUGUGUUAUAAAACCUGCAGAAGAUACUCCAUUGACAGCUCUCGCUGUGGCAGAUUUAGCACAUGAGGCUGGGAUUCCCAAAGGGGUUAUCAAUGUAGUGACAUGUGACCGAGGCAAUGCUCCAGCUGUUGGAAAAGUGUUGUGUGAAAGUCCGGAUGUUGCAGGAUUAUCAUUCACAGGUUCAACUGAAGUAGGAAAACUUUUGUACCAACAAUGUGCUUCUGGAGUGAAACGUGUCGGUUUGGAGCUAGGAGGGAAUGCUCCAUUUAUCGUAUUUAGCAGUGCAGAUGUGGACAAGGCAGUUGAAGGAGCAAUGGCAUCAAAAUUUCGAAAUUGUGGUCAGACCUGUGUGAGUGCAAAUCGGUUUUUAAUCCAAGACACAAUUUUCGAUUCUUUUCUUGAGAAGAUUAAAUCAAAAAUGCAAUUGCUGGUCUUGGGCUCAGGUGCAGACUCAAAAACUAAUUUGGGUCCUCUUAUAAAUGAAACUCAGGCAAAAAAAGUGGAUGACAUUGUUCAGGAUGCUGUUCAGAAGGGAGCCAAAUUAUUAUAUGGCGGAAAGAUUGCUUCACACAUUGGUGAAAGAUUUUUUGAACCAACUUUAAUUACUAAUGUUACUCCUGAAAUGAAAUGUUAUACAGAAGAAAUAUUUGGUCCUGUUGUUGUUUGUGUGAAGUUCAAUUCUGAAGCCGAUGCAAUUGAAAUUGCAAAUAACACCCGGCGUGGGUUAGCUGGUUAUUUCUAUAGUAACGAUCUUGCUCAAGUUUGGAGAGUAGCAAAGCAUUUGGAAGUAGGAAUGGUUGGUAUUAAUGAAGGUAUUAUAUCCUCAGCAGAAGCUGCAUUUGGAGGAAUUAAAGAGUCUGGAAUAGGACGAGAAGGUUCUCAUCAUGGUAUUGAAGAAUUUACAUACGUCAAAUACAUGUGCUUUGGCAACCUUUAGAAUAAUGUUAUAGUGUGAACUUUGCAGAAGGUAAUUACUAAUUUUGGAGCUGUUUGCCCUUUUUUAUCUUUGCACAAAAAGUUGCAAUUAUUAAUUGUUUGCAAAAGGAUUUAUACUUGCAACAUUAAACAAUGGAUAUGAUUAAAUUGUUUAAAUGUACAUGACAUACAUCAGCAAUAUUUUCUCAUCACAAAUUAACAAUAGGUCAUAUUACGUUUUUUUAGAUUAAAAAUUAUCAUAUUUCUGUUUUAUAACUGUACAUAUUAAGAAAAAGUUGUUUGUGAAGUACGUUAGAGAAUUCUUCAAAAAACACUUCUGAAGCUAAUGAAUUCAAAAGUAUUUUGUUUGAAUACCAGUAUAAUAAAUGUCCAGUGACAAUAUAACAUACACUACAUAAAAUGCAGUUUUAUGAGUGAUUUGUUUUGAUCACAGUAUAUUAUGACAUAACACAUGUUAUGACAUAUAAUUUAAUGAUGUCAUUGUCUAUCAGAUGAAAAUUGUGAUAUAUGGAGUCAAGUAAAUUGCUUACAAUGCCCUCAAUGAAAAUCAACAAUAUCAGCGUAAAAAAUCCAACAAUAUCAAAACGCCAUGAUUUUCAGCAGCAUUGCCUGCAUUAAUUGGAAGAUAUGAUUAUGCUUCCUGCUCUGAUAAUAAUGCAAAAAGCACAUUAACCUUUUGUAUAUUAUCUUUAUAUUUCAACCAAUUUUCAAAAUGUUGACUCCUUUGUAUGAAGGUCUUCUCUUUGUUUGUAAUUAAAGAUUUUCUUGUGCAACCUGACGUAAAAUUUGUUGUGGCAAAAAUAAUAGAUCAAUUGCUGUAAAGAAGCAAUUAGCAGCUCCCAACAUGUGUAAACAUAUUUUUUUUUUAAUUUAUUGUGACUUCACAACAUGUUUCCUAGACCUUCUUGAGCAUUGAGCAUAUGUGGAAUCAUUGUUUAUUAACUUAUUUUAUCUUUUUGUGUUGUCACAUCACAGCCAGUCAGUGCCUUUUAUCCCUUCGGCCAGGGACUUGAUGCCGUUAAUAACCAGGGUUCCUUGGCUGUCACCAGUUCAGAAAUCUGUGGUGUAUUGAAUUGCUUAACUUCCGUGUCUUCACAGAGCACAGUUAAGCAAUUUCGGCUAAUGUUGCUGGCAUUUUUCUAAAAGUUGACAAUGAUUUAGGACACAUGUAACAUCUGCAGCUCAAUACUCCUUUUGAAAUUAACUUCAAAAUUAAAUUUCGCUUCAUUAUCGAUUUAUAAUGCUCUCAUACAAAACAAAAUUGCAAAUUUAACUUAUUUAUAAUGUAACUUUAUUCCACUUGAAGAAAUGAUCAAGUACAUGAAUCUUUUACUCAUGCACUAAAACAUAUUGUUAUAAAUUAGUUGCAUAAUGUACUAUUAACCCUUUACACUUCUAAUUCUUGGGGUCCUAUGUUUCAGUCAGCUCUUUAUUUAAAUAUCCCAUUUGAUUCGCUGUCUCAGAGCACUUACAACACACAUUGGCAAUUUCUAAGUUUUGGAUUCCAAAGAGGCAUAUUGGUUCAAAAACAAUGAAGAUACAUUUGAUUUUCAUCACCACAAUUCUAACUAGUCCAAUAUUGUCAAAAAAAUUCAAAUCUGUAGCUAUAAACAUAAUAUUUAUAUUGUUUGCAUUGCUCGCAAUCUGUUUUCUGUUCAAUUAAAUCAAAUAAAAAAUAAUUCAACCAUUAAUUUUUUUUUAUGUUUAAGAUCUUAACCUUAAAAAUAAAAACUUGAAUCAAGAAACUGCAUUAGAGAUAACUAUUUUGGGGAAUUAUCUCUUCAAACAAUUGAUGCAUCCAAUGAGAGAGGGUGCUAACCCAUAAGGGUAUGGAACUGAGAUAAAUUAAGAUUUGCAUUUGGGUUGUUUUAUUAAGUAUUUGAUAAUAAUGGGGAUGUUUUCUCUUUGUUAUGUUUAAGAUAAACUUAUUUAUUUAGAAAAAUAUUAUUUAGCAAUUCUAGAAGUAUUUUUCACAUGAUACACAGCUCGAAAAGUCUAAUUUUUUUCAACAAUCUAUUGAGUAAUUAUUUUUGAAAUUACUCCAACAUUCUUUAAGUUUGACUGUAUUAUUUUCUUGUAGUGACAACUCUAUGAUAUCUGUAACAAAAGUUGCAAAGUCCUUGACUCUGAAAAAUUGAAAAAACAGCAUGUUUUUCAUCGUCCUUUAAUGUGUGAUGUUCGCAAUUGAAGUUAAACGUGACAAGAUGCAAUGCGCAGUCACACCCAAGGUGUUGUUUGCCUUGGGUACUGUUUUCAUCAUCACUAACAUUCUUCUUCACUGUUCCUCUACUCCAUUUCGUUGCAUCAUGAAUGCGUUCUUGCCGUUUUUCUUUGAGCUCUCUCACACAUGGAUCCAUUGUUUAUUUUAUUUUGGGGCAUGUCAACUAUUAUAGUCAUUAGUCCCAUAAGUGUAGUGCAUGAUACAUUCCGGGGUGUGGUCCUCAACUAGAACAUAAAAUUCAGCGCCUACCUACAUGUCGGCUUUCACCUUCCACUUAUCUCCGCCAGAGGAGCAACGUCUGAGCAGGGACAAGUUCCAAGCACGUCUCCCGAUAUAAAUAAUAGGGGCUUAUAUAGUGUAUAUGUAAGAUGAUAGGAGAAGGUUGGGGAAGCAAAUGUGUGCUGUCCGUGGCCCAUUUGUUAUGACACUACUCUGGCAUUCAGCUGGUAUUAUUCGGAUAAUGAAUGGAAAACUAUCAAACUUCUCCAGUCAGUGGUUGAAAAUGACCAAGCUAUCUACCUAGUUUUGAAAAUUUGUCGGGUCUUUAGAACCUUCCUGUCAGAGACACUGCAGUAGGAAAAGUUGUUGCCCUGAGCCAUCUCAGCCAUUACGGGGAUCCUUGUUUCCUAAAGAGUCGCCUUCAUGCUUCAUUGUGUAAUCAGUCGGUACUCUUGCAAAACAAGGGACACUGAAAGUCUGUGAAAUUGACAUGUCAAAUUGGUAUUGAACAUCUAAUGUCUAAUAUUUCUAUAUUUUUGAAUAUUUUUAUUCCAAAAACUUUACUUUGAAUGUCAGUAAUACAACUCUUUUGGUGGAUUGAAUAUGAGAUAUAACUAAAACAUCUUAUGUUCUGGUACUAGUGUUGGUAUUAUCAACAGCACUCAUGAAUGAAGCUUAAUACUCUCUCUCACGGAAAUUGUAGAAAAUGGGCACAUCACCUGUUUAAAAAAUCGAUAUAAUAGCUGAAUGAAUUAUGAUACAAUUAUGAAACUGACAGAAUAAAUAAGAUAAAAAGAGGAUACAGAAUACAUGUAAAAGGAGGGUUCUUUGACUUUGUGCAUUAGCUCCCUCUCUCACUGAACGCCUUAAUUCCUAUUUUGGCACCGAUGUCUAUAUUUUGAUUUUGACUUGCACUACUGCUGUUCAUAAUAUGUACAGUUAAUGAUAAUGAUAUUUGAGUUAUAAAAAUUACUGUUAAACAUAGUUUUUUACAUGGUUGUCUUUUGUUUAAAUGUAAGUUUAGAUAUCCUUGAGGAGGAAAAUAAGUCCUGGCAAUACUUCAUUUCAAUUACUAAUCAUGUACGUAUUAUUAGUACAGGCAGCAUAAUUUUUCAUGUAAACCAUAGCAAUAGCUUGUAAUUGAAAAUAUUGUACUGUAUGAGCAAUAUGGUAGUAUUGAAUAAUAAUUAGACAUAUGUAAAGGAAUUGCACCUAGUGACAUUCCUCUUUGAGAAUUAAUUUUAUUCAUGAUGUGUGAUGCUUUUGAAGUGCACUUUUAUUAAUGUGCUUUCAUAAUAGCACUGUAUUGGAACUGAAAGCUCCUUAAGUAAUCUGAUAUCAAGAAAUGCUCUUAAAAAAUGGUAGUUGAUGUAUUGUGUACAACACACCACAUUGAUAUUCUAGUCUUCCAAUCUCAAGUCUUCCAUUAGAGGACAAUCAUGCAUAAUAUUUGAAAAUUUUGUCUUCCAUGUGCUGCCUUCAUGUAUUGUGAUUAGAUAUGAGAGUGGUAAAACUAAAAAGUGCUACUCAUAAAAAUGUGGUAGAAUUUUGUUAUGGUCCUAUGUAUUUUCUUGGGAAGAACUUGUAAUAGUCACAUACCAAGCAAUGCAGAAUGAAGCUGUUGCAAAAUAUUUUUGGCCACAUUCCUUGUUAUGUAGUUUAAAUUUGUAAAGAAAUAUAUCAUGUUCCCUUCAUAAUUAGAUUUGCAUGUCACAUGUUCUCUGCAGAUUUCUGCUUUCUAGACUUACAAAGUCUCAGGCUUUGCAACAUAUGGCAUGCUGUGAUACUGUUCAGUGACUAAUAUUUUUGAAAUGAUAGGCAUGACACUUAUUUCAUUGAUGUAAGAAAAUAAAGUUUGUUGGACAGUAAAACAUAGAUUACACAAAUAAUGAUAUAAAACAUAUCAAAUAAUAUUGUAGUUAUAAAUAUAUAUUAUA